UUCGACGUCUGUACUCGGUUCUCGUAUCGUUCUAUCACAAAUUGUGAUUAUAAUAUUAAAAAAUUUAAAAUAUUAAAAAAUUUACAUUAAAAAAUGACUACGCUGCGUCCAUUCACUUGCGAUGAUCUCUUCAAAUUCAAUAAUGUCAACUUCGAUCCAUUGACUGAAACUUAUGGGCUUUCUUUUUACACACAAUAUUUGGCUAGAUGGCCUGAAUACUUCCAAGUGGCCGAAUCGCCAAGUGGUCAAAUAAUGGGUUAUAUUAUGGGAAAGGUAGAAGGACACAUGGAAAAUUGGCAUGGCCAUGUAACUGCAUUGACGGUUUCACCUGAUUAUAGGCGUCUAGGUCUGGCUGCAUUGCUGAUGAAUUUCUUAGAGGAUAUCUCUGAAAAAAAACGUGCCUACUUCGUUGAUCUAUUCGUGCGCAAGAGCAAUCAGGUGGCAAUAAAUAUGUACCAAAAUCUGGGCUAUAUAAUUUACCGCACCAUACUCGAUUACUAUGCAGGCGAACAUGACGAAGACGCUUAUGACAUGAGGAAGGCCUUAUCUAGGGACGUGGAAAAGAAAUCUAUUAUACCAUAUACACAUCCGGUACGGCUGGAAGAUUUAGAUACCAAUUAAGAUUAAAAAGCGCAUUUAUUUGCUGCUUGCGAACAUUACAACAACAUAAGCAUGCCUUAACAUUAAUAAUUCAUAAAUAAACAUUACCACAAAGUCAAGCAAAUUAUUUGCAUACAUACAUACAAUAAAUAUUAUAAAUAUAUACCUUCUGACAUGUGGCUAAUUGGAUCGUGUUAACCGCUUUUGCAAUUAUUUGAAGCUGCUAAUACAUAUGUUUGUAUGUCGUUUCCAAAGUGAAUUUUUGUAGAAUGUAACUAAUUCUUAAAAAAAAAACUAUACACCUGUAUUGUUUGUACACCGUUGAAAA